GCGAAAAGCGGUUCAACCAGAUUGCACGACACGCAAAAAAAAAAGAAAAAAAAAGCAAGAUAUUUCGCUCGAGUUCGGAUGCAGAUCGUAUUAGCAUCCGUUGAUAGUGAUAUUAUAUUUAUACGACACGAACGAAACAACGCGACGAUCAUCGGAGAGAAAGAGAAAUAGACGAAAUUCUUUACGCAUAUCGAAUUAUCUACGAUUAAAUUCGCGGAGAUUACGCGCAAUUUUCGUACAUAACGAAAUUACGAUAUAUUUUGCGUAGAUACAUUCUCGAGUGUAACAAUAACAAUAACGAGUUAUUAUCACCUCAUCGUUCGUGGCAUGUUACAUGCGUGCGUGUGUAUACGCACUCCUGACGAAAAGAUAGUGAGAUAAUACAGAGAUAUCGUAAUGUUGUGACACAUCACAAGCAAAAAUACUUUAUUCAAGAUGCUAGCGAUUUGUUCAGGACGACCUGGUUGGCUAGGGAAGAUUGGAAUAGUAUUAUUGGUCACAUGGUUUUUGAUAUUGAUUAUAUCCAUCAUUCAUAUAUUUAAGUUGAAUUCUUUGUCAAGCCGAGAUGCUAAUACUGCCAAUAAAGAGAAUACACAACGCCUAGCACAAAUGGUUAACGACUUUGAAAUUCUAAAGAAGCAAAACGAUGCAUUAAAGAACUACAUAUUAGGAGAAGGACCAAAAUCUAUAAAAGGCGAUCAUUUAGGUUCCAUACAAGAUAAGAUUGGGAAAGCAUCAGCCUAUUAUCUGAUAGAGCCUGAUCUGAUAGAACAUCGAGAUGGAUUACAGCAUGGUGUUCCUUCCUUAGAACACGAAGAACUGCGACGGCGAUUGAGGAAUGAUAUUCAAGAGACAUGGUAUUAUAUUAGUGCCGAAUUAAACAAAUUUAAAAAGCACAUUGAUGAAUUUACAUAUGAUCAGAGAGAGAAAGAGAUACAAGAUGUACUGAAAAAUGUAUGGGAACACAAAAAGUCACUUAUAAUAAAUAUCGAUAAAUUAAAGAAAGUAGAUGGUUAUGAGGAAUGGCGGGAAAAGGAAGCAAAAGAUUUAUCUGAUCUAGUUCAGAGAAGAUUUAGGUAUCUACAAAAUCCUGCCGAUUGUAAUAAAGCAAAGAAAUUGAUAUGUAGUUUAAAUAAAGGAUGCGGUUUUGGCUGCCAAAUUCAUCACAUCACAUAUUGCUUUCUAGUAGCUUAUGGUACAGAACGGACAUUGAUAAUAAAAUCUAAAGGAUGGAGGUAUCAUAAGGAUGGCUGGGAAUCUGUAUUCAAACCUCUCAGCGAUACUUGUGUGUCUACAACAGGUGUUUCACAUUCCAAUUGGCCUGGUGAUCCUUCUAAACAAGUAAUAUCCCUACCAAUAGUAGACAAUGUUUAUCCAAAACCAAAGUUCCAGCCACCUAGUGUACCUGCUGACUUAGCACCAAGAUUAGAGAAGAUUCAUGGUCAUCCUCUAGUUUGGUGGGUAGGACAGGUAUUGAAAUACUUGAUGCGACCUCAAGAUCACGUGAAACGAACAUUAGAGAAGGCAAAAGAGAGACUUGGUUUUAAGAAACCUAUUGUUGGUAUUCAUGUACGUAGGACUGAUAAAGUAGGUACAGAGGCAGCUUAUCAUGACAUAGAUGAAUAUAUGACUAAAGUGGAACAAUAUUUCGAUGAGCUUGAAAUCAAGCCAGAUGUAAAGAGGGUCUUUUUAGCUAGCGAUGAUCCAAAAGUGAUAACAACAGCUAGAAAACGUUAUACAAAUUACGAAAUAAUAGGCGAUCCGGAUAUCGCCGAAACAGCGUCUGUAGCAAAGCGAUAUUCAGAUACUUCGUUGCAAGGAAUAAUUAUCGAUAUUCAUCUUCUAUCUGAAUGUGACUAUUUGGUGUGCACAUUCAGUUCUCAAGUGUGUCGUGUCGCCUAUGAGUUAAUGCAAACCUUUUAUGUUGAUGCAUAUGAUAGAUUUACAUCUCUCGACGAUAUAUAUUAUUAUGGGGGACAAAAUGCCCAUCCCCACAUAGCUAUUUUAGAUCACAAACCGAGAAAAAAUGGGGAAUUAGAAUUGAAGAUCGGAGACUUGAUCGAAGUCUUUGGAAAUCAUUGGGAUGGUUUCUCCAAGGGAUACAACACUAGAACUAGCAUGACAGGAUUAUUUCCUAGUUUCAAAGUUAAAAAUCCCGUUGAUGCUGUAGAUUUUCCAAAAUAUGCGAAUGUUCCUCUGCUGGAAGAUAAAACCGAUUAAAAAAAUUAAUAAUUCUCUCUAUCUUUGUAGAAAGAAUUAUUGGAGCAUCAAUGAAUCAUAAUUUCUCUUUAAAUCAAAUUUUUAAGGUGUUAGCAAAGAUAAUAUGGCACGAUGUAUAUAUUUUGCUACUUGUAAAUGAAAAUUUUAAUGCUUGUAAAUUCUUACAAAAAUGUCCAUGACUUAUCAAAUAUAGGAAUCUAUUGUAUAUUGUAUCAAUUACAUAAUCACAUUUGAUUUUAAAAAGAUUACAAGUAUGAUUUAUACUAAAUGACAUAAUAGAAAUUUUUAAAACAUUUGUGAUUUUUUACAUAUGAAAUCAUAUAAUAAUAGUUGAUACUAUGCAGCUUUAGUAUAUUAAAGAUUAAUGUCACAACUACAAAUAUGUAGCAAUACAGCAUUUGUAAGAUUUUGAUAUAUUGUCAUUGAAGUUACAAGAUGAUUGUUAAUUGAGAGAUUUAAUUAAAAAAAAGGAAUAAUAAUUAUAUAUUAAAUCAUUACAUUUUGAAAUAUAAUGAUUCGCGAAAUAUUGUAUUUCGGUAUUUUUAAUAAUUGAUAAGCUGAAUUUGUUCUGUAUUAUGUACAUAACAUAGAUGUAAUGGACUGAGAAAAGAAUUUCUUAUCGCGCGAAUUGAAGCAUCUGACUUUGUGCCAAUAUAUCAUUGUGAGGUAUUGAGUUAAGUUAUACUUCGACGAUUUCACUGGAAAAUACGUAAAAAUAUGAUCAGGAGUUUGUUUUUUCGUUUACUACGCGCCCAUUAUUCUUUGUAAAUAGAUUCGUAAGAAUUUCGGGAGACAUUGGUUUAGCAGUCAGUAACAUAUUUUGAUGAUUCUUGACUAAUGACUCAAUGUUCACAGCGUACAAAUUGUAUAAUAUAUAAUUUACAUAUUCAUCACAUUUAAACAUUUCUAAAACUUAAUGUAUUAUGCAUGAUUUGUGUAAAGUAUGUCCAAAUGCAUAUAUUAUAUAUGUAUAUAAAUAUGCAUAUAUGCAUGCAGUACAUAUUUAUAUUAUGUAUUAUACAAUGUAUACAUUGUAUAUAUAAAUAUAUAUACAGUACAUACUAUACAUACAUACUAUACAUAUAUACAUAUAUAUAUAUAUAUAUAUAUAUAUAUAUAUAUAUAUAUACAUAUAUAUAAUAAAUACGCGCGUGCGAACAUAUAAGCUAGGCUUGAGGCCUAUCUUAAAUAUAUAGGAAUUUUCUUUAUGUAUAUAUACAUAUUGUAAUAUAUUUUAUACGCAAAAUGCAAACGAGAAUUGUUAUUAUAAGAUUCGAAUUUGAUUUUGAUUAAUAAAGACUUAAUUCAUAAAAGA